AUGGAAAACCGGGUCAUAAACAUGAACCUCUCAUCUUUAGGACUAAAGGGUAAGUUCCCAAUUGGAAUUUCCCAUUGUAAUGGCUUAAUGUCUUUAGAUCUUUCAAAUAACCACUUUUAUGGGUCAAUCCCUAGUAAUAUCUCUACAAUGGUCCCGUUUUUGGUCACUCUUUCUUUGUCUUCCAAUCGUUUUAACGGCGAGAUUCCGGCGAGUUUAGGGAAUUUCUCUUAUUUGAAUGCGCUUGAGCUUGAUCAUAAUCGGCUUUCUGGUCGAAUUCCGGCUAUAAUUGGGAAACUUCAAAGGAUUAUGGAGUUUAAUGUUGCUGAUAAUCUCUUGGUUGGACCUAUUCCUCAUUUUGUUAAUACUGGGAUGAAGGCUAAUGCAACAAGUUAUGCUAAUAAUCCUGGGCUUUGUGGUUACCCUCUCAAGCCUUGCAAGGCUUAUUAA